AUGUCUUAUCUUGAAAUAGUUAAAGGUGUGGAUAGAAAUAGGAUUUAUCGCGGUCGGACGAUUAGAUAUAGAAUCGUGAUUGUGUUGUGUUCUUUAGUGUUAGUGUUAGGUAGUGUUAGAGGGACGGGCUGUAAUGGUAUGUGUGAUAGUAAAGUAGGCGGUGAUAGUGACGUUGUUAUGCAGGAAAUAACAGCUCCGGGGGAUUGGGCAGCAUCAUCUAAGAUAACUGAAGACUUAACUACACAUGGGUUUUCGCUUCAAGAUAAGAAGAGUGUCGUCUAUGUUAAGAAGCACAUAACUGAAGAAGUAGCGGCGGUGGCCUCGGACUCGACUGUAGCUUUAAGUCCAACUAGCCCCACAGAAAACAUUGACAAGUAUAUGGUGUUGUGGCCCGAGCCAGAGCUACAAUUCACAAUACCCAAAAUUAGUGAAGUAGGCGGAUUGCAGAGGGUUUUGAAUACAUUGAAGGAUAUUGUUGUUAUCAAAGCUGACAAGGUCGUGUUUAUCUAUAAAGUAGAGCAUGUCAAGAGGUUACCCGACAGAUCCGAUGCUAUAUUUCGAAUUAUCAGCACGCUAAAGUGUAAGGAGCUGGAACUUAGAAUAGAAGAGUAUGACAUAGAGAGAUAUUCGCAAUGGGUUAGUGUGGUGUCCGUGCCAUCCCCCACACAUCUUUAA